AUGAAGCCUAAGGUGACAGGCAGUGAUUUGAGGGGUCCUAAACUCCCAGCAUUUGAGGAGGGCAAAGACAAUAUUGAUUCAUAUUUGCAGAGAUUUGAGAGGUAUGCUACUACUCAAGGAUGGGAUAUGGAGAACCAGUGGGCGUCCAAUUUGAGUGUACUUCUGAAAGGUAGGGCGUUAGACGUGUUCCGCAGACUUCCUGUGGAGCAGAGCCUAGAUUAUAAUGUUUUGAAGGACGCUUUGUUGAAGAGAUUUGAGACAACUGAGCAAGGGUUUAGGAAGAAAUUCAAGACUGGACGACCGGAAGCUGGUGAAAAUUUUGCGAAGUUCGCUGUAAGACUAGACAGCUAUUUUCUGAGAUGGUUGGAAAUGGCCAAAACCCCAAAGACGUUUGAAGGUGUGAAGGAUUUGAUCAUUCGCGAUCAGUUCAUCCAAGCCUGUGGAAACGAAUUGACGCUAUUCCUGAAGGAACGCAUACCAGCUACUAUUGGUGAGAUGGCUAAACUGGCGGAUCAGUUUGCCGAUGCCAGAGGACACACGGCGAAUCUACUGAAGUUCCGUCCCGAGGGUUAUAAGAAGCAAUUCAACGGAUCUAAUGGUAAGACUGGUACAGGGGAUGUCUCGACAACGAAACAGUCAGGUUCGGAGUCUGGUUCUAAGACUAGGCCGGUUGGCUCAAGCUCGGGAUCAGGUAAACAUUGCUUCAUAUGUAACAAGACCGACCAUUUAUCUUACAACUGUCCUAGGAAGUCGAAGAAGGGUCAGGUUCAGUGUAUCUCUACUAAGGACAAGGCUGCUGUUAUUCCUCCAGAAGAUUGUUGUUCAGAGGGAGUUGUGAAGGAUACGGAUACCACGGAGACUAAUAUACUGACAUCUUCGUGUGAACGGCCGUUAAGCUGUGAGAUGCCUGCAGUGAGAGGACGUGUUGGUAAUCGUUCUGUGAUGGUGCUCAGGGACACUGGUUGCUCAGGAGCUGUUAUCCGGAAGAGUCCCGUAUCUGAUGAAGAUGUUACCGGUGAGACGCAGGCCUGUAUAUUGGCUAAUGGUGACAAACUUACUGUGCCUAUUGCUAAGCUGUUGGUGGAUUCUCCAUAUUUUACCGGAAGCGUAUGUGCUUGGUGCAUGGACAAUCCCGUGUAUGACUUGAUACUUGGAAAUAUUCCGGGAGUUAGACAUGCCAACGAUCCCGACUUGGAAUGGAAGCCAGCGGAAGUCAUACAUGCUGUUCAGACGAGGGCCCAAGCUAAAAAGGAUAAUCAGCCAUAUCGUACUCUGAGGGUACCUAAGGUGAUGCAAGAUAUUGGAACUCCAGAAGAAAUCAAGGAGACGCAAAAGGCCGAUGGAACCUUGUCAAAGUACUGGCAUUUGGCUAAGGAUGCUGCCGUGAAAGACAGAACAGAUCGUGGAUCGUCACGGUUUUAUGUGAGUCGAGGAUUGCUUUAUAGAGAGUUUCAGAGUCCAAGUGUUGGAAAUGGACGGGUUUUCAAGCAAUUGGUGAUACCGGAGAAGUUGCGUUCUACAGUGUUACAACUGGCUCACGAUACUAUGAUGGCUGGACAUCUUGGAGCUAAGAAGACAAUGGACAGGAUCAGGACGGAGUUUUUUUUGGCCUGGUAUGGCAUCAGAUGUUACCAGAUUUUGUAG